CAGUAAUUAUUUGGGGUGGCACAAAGAAGGCGGAAAUUGUUGGUAUGCGCUUUAAGAUGUCAAGUAUGAAUGGAAAUGUUCUGUAUCUUAUGGAAACGAUAUAAGCAUGUGUAACUUGUACUCAGAAAAUGGUUAUUCUUGGAUUUUUGCGUCCUGGAAUUCGUAAUCAUGGUAAAGGCUGUGCAUGAAGCAGUGGGCAGCAGAAGCGUAGCUACUGUAGCUGAAGCGGUUAAUGUAACGGUUGGCUGACGCUUGCUGCCUCAAAUGUGGUUGUGUAGCUAGCUAGUAAACGGAUCGUGUUAAAUGACUAAUUUAAUCAGCUAUUGUGGCUACUGUCUGAAUGCCCAGCUAAUAGAAAUCUAAGCUGUAGGGGAGAGGAAUAAUGUGCCGUGAGGAUAUGAUAUAUUGAAUUCUGUCUGCCUGCUGAGCCACGAUGAGACUAAAACUGAAGACCGUUUUCGUCCUUUACUUCAUGGUGUCCUUGUUGGGGUUGAUCUACGCAUUGAUGCAGCUGGGCCAGCGCUGUGACUGUACAGACCAUGACAUGUCCAGGGACCGCGUUAUUUCUCGCCUGCGAGGAGAGCUGCAUAGUGUACGGGAACAAAUGAAGAAAACGGAACCCACCAAGCUGCCAAAAUCCCCUCUGCCCACCAUCUAUGUGAUCACUCCCACUUAUGCCAGGCUAGUCCAGAAGGCAGAGCUGACUCGUAUCUCGCAGACCUUUCUGCACGUGCCCCAGCUGCACUGGAUUCUGGUGGAGGACUCCCCCAACAAGACGGCCCUGGUGUCGGAGCUCCUGGCGCGCUCUGGCCUGACCUACACCCACCUGCACGUGCUCACUCCUCACGACCGCAAGCUGCAGGAGGGCGACCCCAGCUGGCUGAAGCCUCGCGGCGCAGAGCAGCGGAACGAGGGCCUGCGCUGGCUGCGCGAGUCCACCAGGGGGCGGCAGCGAGAGCAGGGAGUGGUGUACUUUGCCGACGACGAUAACACCUACAGCGUGCAGCUCUUCGAGGAGAUGCGUGGGACCCAGAUGGUGUCGGUGUGGCCGGUGGGGCUGGUGGGGGGCAUGCGGUACGAGCGUCCCGUGGUGGAGGGGGGCCGGGUGGUCCGCUUUCACACGGGCUGGCGUCCCGGCCGGCCCUUCCCCAUCGACAUGGCGGGCUUCGCCGUGUCGCUGCGGCUGGUGCUGGCCAAUCCCGAGUCCCGCUUCGACGGCAACGCACCAAUGGGCUUCCUGGAGAGCAGCUUCCUGCAGGGCCUGGUCACCAUGGAGGAGCUGGAGCCCCGAGCCGAAAUGUGCACCAAGGUGCUGGUGUGGCACACUCGGACAGAGAAGCCUAAGAUGAAACGGGAGGAAGCGCUGCAGAAGCAGGGUUUGGGCUCUGAUCCCGGGGUGGAGGUGUGAUGUCCAGGGGCUCUGACUGGAGCACAGCUGAGCCUGACUGGAACACAGUUUAGUCUGCCUGGGGCCCCAAUGAGAGACCCGCUCGGACUACUCAACACUGCGCAGAGGAGACCUGAACCUGGCCUAUCCUCUUCAAGCCAAAACGGGCACAGACUUGAUUUCUUACCAGAAUUAGAGUAGAGAGGAUCUCCAUUUAAAAAUAUUUCAAUCCCCUCGCUUAUCAGUCAUCCUUUCAUUGACACCUUUGACCACAGACCUGCGUAAGGGGACAUACCCGCAGAAGCUGAUUGUGUAAGAUUGAGAGCAAAGCAGAUGCAGAAGUGAAGAGAGAGGGAGUGUAUUAUUGUGAAGAGUCAAUGAUGGAGUGUAAAAUAGAUCACUUUAUCCUCUCACUGUCUGUUCACCUCACUCCUUUAAGACUUUGGGUGUGUGUUCCUGAGCCCACCACACCUUUACUGAAACCCAGGACACUCUUGUAUAUACUGCCACAUGGGAAAAGAUUCAAAACAAAGCCAUGUUUAUUUAAGUCUGUAUAUAUCUGUGUGCAUGGCAUCUCCAUCUUGAUAUCCAUCCACUAGUGUGUCUGUUUCUUUGUGUGUGCCUGUAUACUGCUUAGGCUCCGUAAUGUAUGUGUGUUUAAAUGUAUGCAUAGACAGUAAGGCAUGUUUUGUGUAUUUGUUAGAUUGCUCAGCUGUCUCACUGUAUGUGAUUUCCUUUUGCUGCGUAAUUAUGGAAACAUUUUAAGAAAUAAUCACACUGUAUUUAUGAUGAAGUCUGUAUGUAAAUUUGAUGCACACACUUUAUAUGUGUAUAAUUUCAUUGCCUCUGACGAUGCUAUACUAUGAAUUAAAUGUAUAGUAACCAUGUUUAGACA